GUACGGUGCGAAAGAAGUUCAACAUACAUACAUACAAUCGCGUAUCCACCAGGCUCAACUUUUGCUUUGCUGCUGAGAGUGCAACAAUAUCGGGACGCGUGUCUUUGGCGAUGUGGGUGUAGGCAGCAGCCUUUGCUCUCUGGGCGUACUGCACUCGCCAGAGCAAUGUGGAGUUCGCACUGCCCCGGGGGCUCUGCCUGCCUCUGGAAAUUGCAACAUCACCUGCAGCCUGGCCUUGACUUAUCCUGACCAUGGGUGUUGGGCAGAUUCCCCUUUCUGGAGACCCCAAGCUCCUCCUCAACUUCCAAAUCCGGCGCAACCACAUUCCAAUCGGCACCGCGCGCACUCACCUGGACACGGGGGAGCUCUGGACACACCUGUACACUCACCUGUACACUCACCUGUACACUCACCUGUGCACUCACCUGUACACUCACCUGUACACUCACCUGGACACGGGGGCGCUCUGGACACACCUGUACACUCACCUGUGCACUCACCUGUACACUCACCUGGACACUGAUCUGUGCACUCACCUGUACACUCACUUGUGCACUCAUCUGUACACUGACCUGUGCACUCACCUGUACACAUACAGGUGCACUUACCUGUACGCUGACCAAGAACUCGCUUGUAUAGAGGCACUCACCUGUACACGUGUACGCGGCUCGCCUGUACUGCACGGGUGUGCGCGCACACAGACACCUGCACCCCGACUACGAGCCUGAUGGCGGCGCCGUCAUUGGAGGAAACUUACAGAUUUGAGCGUUCCCCGUCAGGCCGCCAGAAGUGGCGGCGUCUCUACGGGGGCCUCUUGGGCGAGAAGCUGCUGGAGCCGCGAGGCCCAGCGGCCGCCCGCAGGGACGACGGAUCGCCCGACGGCGGCGAGAACGCCGACGAUGUCGGCGGCGAGAACGCCGACGAUGUCGGCGGCGGCUGCUGCGAGGAUGCGGCGGACGCCGAGGAGGAGGCGCCGAACUCGCCGCGUCGGCCCGACCGGCGCAGCGCCGCCGCGCGCCGGGACUGGUGGCGACUGCCCCCGCUGCGACCGGUCGUGGGAGCAGACGCGGACGGGCAGAGUUCGGGGGACGCCAGGCCCGAGGCAGUCGGCGACGGCUGCGGUGGUAGCGACGCGACCCAGGCGGGGACGAAGGGCGAGCGAGCACGCAUCAUGGCCAGCAGCACCACCGAUCGCCUCUUCGACGGAUUCGCCGUGGACGGGAGGGUGCACGUGGCCGAGUUCGUCAAGGCCGUGUGCGACACGGGCUUGCUAAGGUCCGAUCCACGAUUGAAGCCGGGGCUGGAGGCACUGGGACGUGACACAGACCCAGCGGGCACCGUCACUCGCGAGCACUUCUCCAGGUGUGUGGGUGUGCAGGCUCGGCUGUUGCUCAGGGCCCUGCAGGGCUGUUUGGCGAUCCCGCGAUUCCGAUCCUUCGCAUCGACGCUCGAACGCAUCUUCCUGCAGUGCCGACGCGAGACCCACGACCAGAGCGACCAGGCUGCGGCCGAGGCGGUGACAGGCUGGGGUCUGGCCGUCUGCACUGUGGACGGACAGAGGCUUUCGCUGGGCGCGAGCGCCCUGCCGUUCCGGCUGGGCCACGUGUCGCGCCUGCUGAGCCACGCGCUCGCGAGCCACGCGCUGGGCGCCGCCCGCCUGCACGCCCGGCUCGAGGCGGCCGGCCAGGCGGGAGCCGGCGUAGACCCCGAGGCACGCGGAUGCUCCCUUAGCCCUUUGUCUGACUCCGGGAGUCUGCUCGUGGCUGCAUUGCUGCAGGCGGCAUUGAGGGAGCAGUCACCCGGGAGAGACGCGCUCCAGCUGGUGUUGGAGGCCUACGGACAGCUGGCCGGCCCGGAGGGUGCAACACAGAUCCCAAGCAGCUCACCAGGACCCAUUCCCAACAGACUGCAGGCAGUGAAAUACAUCAUGAAGGACCGCCAGUGCUUCCCGGAGAGGACGGACGCCGACUCGGCGAUGGAGCUCCUCGUGCAGGAGUUCGUGCGAACGUUUGCGCUGCACCCAUAUGACAGCGCGCCCCGUCGGCCCAGACCCCUGUCGUCUUGGUCUCACGAAUCGGAGGGAUACCGGAUCAUGAACCUGCUGCUGGCCGCAUACCGGGGGGACGUCGCCUCCCUCCGCAGGAUGGUGCUGGCCGGCGUGCACCCUGGCCUGGCCGACUACGACGGCCGCACGGCGCUGCACCUGGCCGCCUCGGAGGGCCGCCUGAACGCCGUGCGCUUCCUGCUGGAGACGGCCCGGGCGGACUGCCACGCUCGCGACCGCUGGGGCAGCACUCCACUGCACGAGGCCGUGCGCUAUGCCCACCAGGCCGUGGUUGCCCUGCUGUCCUCGCACAUGAACCAGGCAACGGUGCUCAUAUAGACAGCGUGGUGAACAGCUGCACUGACACGGCCUGACGCUGCCUGCCGCAUCCUACAGCUGUGCCAACACAGCCUGCACUGACACAGCCAGCCACAAUCACCGUUCACACACUGAUAAACGCCUGCCCCAGCCAUCAUCCAUAUACACAGCCAACGUUCAUCAUCACCAAACUUGCCUUAUCCACCAUCGUCAAUAUCAUCAUCAUCAUCGUAACAUCAUCUCAGCAAUGUUCACCAUGAUCAUCAUCAUCAUCUUCAACCAGAUACUUUACUCAAAUUGUAAAUGUUGUGGGUUUACUCUCCAACACACCGGUGGGCUAAAGUAGUAACUAAUUGGCGUUGGUUUACGCGACAUACAGAGCACGUCGAUUCGUUACUAGUACAGCACACCGGUUUAGUGGAGAGCGAAUCCACAACGAUCUAGCCCAACAACAAAAAAAACACGUGGAUGAUAUUGGUCGCGAAAGCCUACGUGUUACACCUGACUGCCAAUAUCAUCAACACGAUCUUCACUGCUCUCUCCAUCUCAAGCAAAUCUCUUGGCUCCAUCUCCACGGCGGGCAUUGCUCUUCCGUCCUUUGGCUUGCCACUCCAUCACCAGGCUUGACCUUCGUCUGUCCUCCCUCCGAGCGAUGUGCCCUGCCCACUUUAGUCCCCGUGCUCCACGAUCCCAUGGGUUUCCGCUUUUUCGAGCAGAAAGAAGCAACCACGUUGGGCUGAAUUUCAAAAUCUGUCGAAUUUAAAAUCGGACGGGCGGAAUGAAGGCGACCCGUGAUUGGAGCGCUGGGUCAGUUUGUACGGAGCACAAGCAGACAGCACUCUGUCCACUCUUGUGUACCCUGCACUUAUUUAUGCCACGUAAUAUAUAUAAAGAGUGACUUCCUAGACAAUAUUUUCUAUGCGUUAUACAGUAAAUGUAAGUGGGGAGGGAAUGGUAUAUUUUUUUACCCGCUGUAAUUGUUAUGUAAACUUGUUUACAUGUUUUAAAUAUGAAAUAUGUAACAUAAAAUAUAUAUGUAUAAGCACUUUUUCACACGGAGUUUGGUAGGAAGACGGAGCCCGUGAAACUCUCCGGCGCCCUUGCGGGUCGCAGCCACGCGCUGUUGCUCGGCACGGUGUCCGACGUUUCGCCCCACGUGCCGGGACAACCGUGCCGAACGACACGCAGCGGUGCCACCCAAAGUUCCGCCAUGAGAGCCCCCGUAUGCACAGCGCACACGCGACACUGCAAUGCGCGGUCUAAAUGCCUCCUCUCGGUGUUUUCUGUUCAAUAAACAAAAGAACACGCGAAUAACA